AUGCACGAGCUACUGCUGUUCGCCUCGGUCCCCCAACACCAGCAUCAUGAGCUUCUUCAGCAGCUGGCUGGGCUGACGGCCAUGCAGCCCCGCCACGCUCUCGAGCGUCGACUGAUUUUCAAGGCCUAUCGGAAGCCAGGCCUGGGCGCCUCUCGGACGGGCGGCAGCCAGGAUCUGCAGGCCUCGGGUGACCUGCAAAGAGUGACGAAGAUGUUGAACGGUGGCAUGUUCUACACUCAGGUGGUUGGCCCCGUUGCGGAAAAUGACUUCUCGCCAUCCGGCCCCGACGCUGAUGUGCAGAUGUCAGGGACGGAGGGCAACUCGGCAGGCUCGGCAGGCGCCUACGACUACGAACAGCAGCCUUGGAGGCUGGAAUUUCGCGAUGUGCCCGAGGCUGGUACGCGUUCAGCCGUGACGGCCCGGGUGAUGGCGACUGCGGCUCUGCCAUGUGGUGAUGUCGUGCCUGCCAUGAAUGCAUGGGGUUAUCACUUCGUAACCGAGUAUGUCGUUGAGGGUGACAUGUUCACCUACGGUGACAUUGUCUUGUUCCUUCAUCGGGUGCUCCACUAUCCUUCGACGAGUUUGGAGGAUAAGGAGCCUCGGAAACACCUCCCGGCGUUGUCAGAGAUGUCGGUUAUGGAGAAGAGCGGGAGCUAUGUUCUGCAGGCUUCCAUGACCGUGCUGGACGGCAGUAACCAAGAGACGAUGAAGACGGCCUCUCGGCAUCUGUUCGCGUUGCGGGAAAAGCUGAGAUCUGCGGUGAAGCUGGAGAUGGCUGAUCGCUUGUCUCUAGACACCCGGGCAAAAUGA